AUGCAUACGCACUGCCGCCAGGCGCCCGCCCUCCGCUGCAGCGGGUGCCUGCCGCCCGCCCGGCCCCCCGCAGUGCCUGACCAUGCGCUUAUCUACCGCACCAUCGCGCCGCCGGGCACGAGACCCACCCCUCGCGUCUGCCCGGCCGCGCCCCCGACCGCCGCCGACCAACCUAUGACCGCCGUGAGCCUCGACCCGCGCGUCUCCAUCUACAGCGCGCCGCCGCUCCUCGCGCGCACUGCCCACAUCCCAGGGCCGCGUCUGGCUUCCUCGAGCGCCCCCACCAUUUUUGAGUGCUUCAUUCUUCAUUCUUCUGUCUUCCUCAUCGUCCUGGUCUGCCUCAUCUUCAGCGUGCUGUCCACCAUCGAGCAGUACGUCGCCCUGGCCACAGGGACCCUCUUCUGGAUGGAGAUUGUGCUGGUGGUGUUCUUUGGGACGGAGUACGUGGUCCGCCUCUGGUCGGCAGGCUGCCGCAGCAAGUACGUAGGCAUCUGGGGGCGGCUGCGCUUUGCCCGGAAGCCCAUCUCCAUCAUCGACCUCAUCGUGGUCCUGGCCUCCAUGGUUGUCCUCUGCGUGGGCUCCAAAGGGCAGGUGUUCGCCACCUCGGCCAUCAGGGGCAUCCGCUUCCUCCAGAUCCUGAGGAUGCUGCACGUUGAUCGCCAGGGAGGCACCUGGAGGCUGCUGGGUUCUGUGGUCUUCAUCCAUCGCCAGGAGCUCAUCACCACCUUGUACAUCGGCUUCCUGGGUCUCAUCUUCUCCUCGUACUUCGUGUACCUGGCCGAGAAGGACGCCGUGAACGAGUCAGGUCAAGUGGAGUUUGGCAGCUACGCGGAUGCCCUGUGGUGGGGGGUGGUCACGGUCACCACCAUCGGCUACGGGGACAAGGUGCCCCAGACGUGGGUCGGGAAGACCAUUGCCUCCUGCUUCUCUGUGUUCGCCAUAUCGUUCUUCGCGCUCCCGGCGGGGAUUCUCGGCUCCGGCUUCGCCCUGAAGGUCCAGCAGAAGCAGAGGCAGAAACACUUCAACAGGCAGAUCCCGGCCGCAGCCUCCCUCAUUCAGACGGCGUGGAGGUGCUAUGCGGCCGAGAACCCCGAGUCCUCCACCUGGAACAUCUACGUCCGGAAACCCACCCGGAGCCACACCCUGCUGUCCCCCAGCCCCAAGCCCAAGAAGUCCGUCAUGGUAAAGAAGAAGAAGUUCAAACUGGACAAGGACAACGGGGUGAGUCCUGGAGAAAAGACGCUCACAGUCCCCCACAUCACAUGUGAGCCCGUGGUCAGCAGUGCAAAGCUGAGGCCAGACCAUGUCUCGCUUUGUGCGUGUGAUUUGAGUGCACCCUCCCCCCUUUUACUAGAAAGUCAUUCCACUCACUUUUUGAGAACCAACACUGUGGCCCAGCCCCUCGACACACAGGAGGAGACGCCACUUGGCCCUCGUGCGCAUGUGAGUUCGCUGCGGGAGCACCAUCGGGCCACCAUCAAGGUCAUCCGGCGUAUGCAGUAUUUUGUGGCCAAGAAGAAAUUCCAGCUGUCCGUCCAGGGCUGGGUCUUCUGGGGCCCCCAGAAGAAAGCCAGCUGGCUGGACCAGUCCAUCGGGAAGCCGUCCCUUUUCAUCUCUGUCUCAGAAAAGAGCAAGGACCGGGGCAGCAACACCAUUGGGGCCCGCCUCAACCGGGUAGAAGACAAGGCCGUGGUCCCUGCUCCUCUCCUGGCCUCUCUCAUGCCCUCUGGCCCUCAACCCAGCCCCACCAGCUCCCACCCUGCUGGCUGCCUUGCCGUGCGCACGCUGGCCGCUCUGUGCCCCACGCUGGCUGCCAAUCCCACAGCCCCGACGUCAGUGGAGUUCAGCCCAGCCCAGGAGGUGGAGCCACCUCGGGUCACCUCUGCAGCCACCUGGCGGGUCCCGUUCAUGCCAAGCCCGGAGAAGUGCAUGGCGCGCGUGCUGCCUCCCGUGCGGCGGGCGCUGCUGGCCUUACGCGUGUUUGAGGAGGUGGAGGCCUGGGCGCACAGCCUCGAGUCUCGGGAGGGACUCGUCUCCAACCCACUGCCCAUCCCCCGGGACCCAGGAUAA